AUGGGACUCUUGGUAUUUGUGCGUAAUCUGCUGCUAGCCCUCUGCCUCUUUCUGGUACUGGGAUUUCUGUAUUAUUCUGCGUGGAAGCUACACUUACUCCAGUGGGAGGACUCCAGUAAGUAUAGUCACGCUAGCCCACCCAGGGAGAAGCCUAAAGAAAUGAACUUGUCCUCUUGUGUUGCAGAUUCAGUGGUUCUUUCCUUUGACUCCGCUGGACAAACACUAGGCUCAGAGUAUGACCGGCUAGGCUUUCUCCUGAAGCUGGACUCUAAACUGCCUGCUGAGUUAGCCACCAAGUAUGCAAACUUUUCAGAGGGAGUUUGUAAGCCCGGCUAUGCUUCAGCCUUGAUGACUGCCAUCUUCCCCCGGUUCUCCAAGCCAGCGCCCAUGUUCCUGGAUGACUCCUUCCGCAAGUGGGCCAGGAUCCGGGAGUUUGUGCCACCUUUUGGGAUCAAAGGUCAAGACAAUCUGAUCAAAGCCAUCUUGUCAGUCACCAAAGAGUACCGCCUGACCCCUGCCUUGGACAGCCUCAGCUGCCGUCGCUGCAUCAUCGUGGGUAAUGGUGGUGUCCUUGCCAACAAGUCUCUGGGAUCACGAAUCGAUGACUAUGACAUCGUGGUCAGACUGAACUCAGCACCAGUGAAAGGCUUUGAGAAGGACGUGGGCAGCAAAACAACACUGCGCAUCACCUAUCCUGAGGGCGCCAUGCAGCGACCCGAGCAAUACGAACGAGAUUCUCUCUUUGUCCUCGCUGGCUUCAAGUGGCAGGACUUCAAGUGGUUGAAGUACAUCGUCUACAAGGAAAGAGUGAGUGCAUCAGACGGCUUCUGGAAAUCUGUGGCCACUCGAGUGCCCAAGGAGCCCCCUGAGAUUCGCAUCCUCAACCCCUAUUUCAUCCAGGAGGCAGCCUUCACCCUCAUCGGACUGCCCUUCAACAAUGGCCUCAUGGGCCGGGGGAACAUCCCGACACUUGGCAGUGUGGCAGUAACCAUGGCACUACACGGCUGUGAUGAAGUGGCAGUCGCAGGCUUUGGCUACGACAUGAGCACGCCCAAUGCACCCCUGCACUACUAUGAGACCGUGCGCAUGGCAGCCAUCAAAGAGUCCUGGACGCACAAUAUUCAGCGAGAGAAAGAGUUUCUGCGGAAGCUUGUGAAAGCACGUGUGAUCACUGACCUAACCAGUGGCAUCUGA